GUGGAUUACUGACAGACGCUGCGAAGCCUCGACACAGAAGGACACAUCACUAACAGGAGAAGCUCACUGUGCUCUGUGGAGAAAGGCCUCAAAGUGAUGACUUUUAUAGAAUAAUCUACAUAAAGAAAUGAGAGGAAAAGGCGAAAUUCCCCUCACAGACUGAAUGAAAGCAGAGCAAGAGGAGGAACUUUCUCCUUUCAUGGAAAACGAGGGACGACACAAACUACUGUAUGCUGCUUUUAACCCUGAAGUCCGACUGAACAGAUUAGAUGUCCAGCAGCAGUUGGUUAAAGAAGAGGCCCCCCCUGAGUGGAGCCCCAGCCUGGACCAGGAGGACCCAGAGCUCCUCCAGAUUAAAGGGGAACAGGAAGAACUCCAGAUCAGUCCAGAGGGAGAGCAGCAUAAUGGUCUGGAGGAAGCCAAUAUCACCAGGUUUCCAUCCACUGUGGUUCAUGUGAAGUGUGAAGAUGAAGAAGAGAAAUGUGAGUGUUCACUGCUUCAUCACAGCCAAGUGGAGGACAACAGAGAGGCAGAGCGUCCAGCCAGCAGCUCAGCUGUGCAGAUAAAACCAGAAACUGAUGGAGAGGACUGUGGAGGAUCAGAACCAGCCAGGAAGAGAGAGCCAGACAGUCAUUCACAACCAAACACUGAUGAUGAAAAGACUUCAGUCUCUCCUGAGACUGAAAUCCAUUACGAUGACUGGCAAGACCCUUUGUCAGAUUCUGAACCUGAAGACAGUGAUGAUGAUUGGAUAGAGACCAGGUCACCUGAGUCUGCUGUGAAUGCUCUGAAAUAUGAGGAAGCUGUAAGUGAUGUGACAUCUAACACUGUGAAAAAGUCAUUUAUCCUCACCAGCAGCUUGGAUAGUAAAACAUGUUUUAGAGUGAAGCAAAAACCAAACACCCAGACCAGAGUCCACACAGGAGAUAAACCAUUUGGUUGUGAUGAAUGUGGGAAAAGAUUUACACAGCGGGUACAUCUGAAGAGACACAUGACAGUCCACACAGGAGAGAAACUAUUUGGUUGUGAUGAUUGUGGGAAAAGAUUUACAGAACAGGGAAAUCUUAAGAAACACAUGAGAGUUCACACAGGAGAGAAACCAUUUGGUUGUGAUGAUUGUGGGAAAAGAUUUACAGAACAGGGAAGUCUAAAGAAACACAUGAGGGUUCACACAGGAGAGAAACCAUUUGGUUGUGAUGAUUGUGGGAAAAGAUUUACAGAACGGGGAAGUCUAAAGAAACACAUGAGAAUUCACACAGGAGAGAAACCAUUUGGUUGUGAUGUGUGUGGGAAAAUAUUUACAACUCAGGGAAAUAUGAUAAAACACAUGAGGGUUCACACAGGAGAGAAACCAUUUGGUUGUGAUGUUUGUGGGAAAAGAUUCACAGAACAUGGAAGUCUAAAAAAACACAUGAGGGUUCACACAGGAGAGAAACCAUUCGGUUGUGAUGUGUGUGGGAAAAGAUUUACAGAACAGGGAAGUCUAAAGAAACACAUGAAAAUGCACUCAGAAGAGAAACCAUUUGGUUGUGAUGUUUGUGGGAAAAUAUUUAAACGCCGGAAAGCAUAUUUCAUUAAACACCUGAAAGAUCACAAAGAAUAGAAACCUUUCUUUUCAGUCUUGGCAGCUUUCAUUCUUUUUUAUCCUUCCAUGUCUUUUAUUUUUUCUUUCUCCUGUGUUUGUUUUAAAAUAUAGAAAAUGUUUCUCAUAAAUGUGUCAAAGUUGUUUGUAAAUGAGAGGGGAUGAUACAAUGUUUUUAAAUCUCUGUUUUUAUUAAUACUUUGUUUGUUACUAAAACACUUUAAUUUACAGAUCCCAUACUUUCUUCUGUUGUUUUCUUGAAAUAACCUGUAUGUGUUUGUAAACUCCCUAACUGAUGAUUAUCAGUGGGGGAAGUACAUUAUUUAGUUGCCAUUUUUAAUUAAAUUCUACUGUAGCCUAGGUGGUGUUUUUGACUUUCUUUUCUAAAAACAAGCAUACAAUUCAACAUAUAAUUCCUGUAAUAAAUAUAUCUUGAGAAGAUCAUUUUAAUCACUAUUAUAUUUGCCACUUUUAGCUGAUAGCACUGAUAGCCACUGAAGGGCUUAAUGAGUUGGAGGACGUGUCUCCACCAGAGUCCCUCCUGAUGAUAAAGAGAAUCUGUUAAUGUGAAAAAUAGGAUGUGAUGUGUGUAAUGUUAGGUGUGUAGUGUGCGGUUUGUAGUGUGUAGUGAGUAAUGUGCAGUGUGAAGUUUGUGGACUGCAGGAUGAUGACUUUCUUAGACUGAAAAGAAAGAUUAUAUAUUUGGAUAUAUGAACAGAUUAUAAGGUGUGGAUUCUGUACAAACUUCUUCAUGAGCUCAUUAAGAAAGUUUUUGUUUCACAUAAAAAACAUAAUUUUAAUUGUUUUGUUUUGUGACAUCUUGGUAAGAAUCAAUGUUGUCUGCUGCCCCUCUUGUGAGAACAAACGUGUGUCUUAUUCCUCCAUGACAGCAUGUCCUGCAGCAUGUGCUCACAUUAGGAUUAUCGUGUGUUUGCAUCUUACUGAGCUCAUCCUCUGCUAUCGUCGCCUUUUUAAACAUGAGGCAUGAAUCAACAAACAGCACAGAAAGCUGUUUUCAUGUCUGCAUUUUCAUUGGUGAUACAGAAAGUCAACAUAUGAUCCAGUUUUAUAAAACCUAAAGUGUAGCUGACUAACAUGCUGCUCUCUGCUGGGUGUCCCCAGAGUUACUCACUGCUGCCCCUCAGUGGUGAGGACAGGUCAGUGACGGUAACAUGGUUUGCUUCAGUUGACAA